GAUGGCGCAAUCGUAAGGAUUUUUUGUUUGCACUCGUAUGAACUAAUAACUAACAUUUUCUUCAAUAAUUUUUAAUCGAAACACUCAAAUAUGCCCUCUGAAGCGGCGAAGAAACGUCAAGCAAAGAAGAAGGCUGCUGCUCAGUCUAGAGGGAAGCCAAAACCGGCCGGUCAAGCGACAGAAAAUGGUGUUGAAAGUUCGAACGGAACUGAAAAUGGCGCCGGCGUGAAGUUGGAUCUGUCGAAUCGCUCGUGUACCGGCGUUUUGGCAUCGCACGAACAGUCGCGGGAUGUAAAGAUUGAAAAUUUCUCGAUUACUUUCCACGGUGUUGAACUUUUAACUGAUACAAAACUUGAGCUGAAUUGUGGCCGAAGAUACGGUUUCUUGGGACUAAAUGGAUGCGGUAAAUCCACCAUGUUGGAGACGAUAGGAAACAGAGACAUUCCAAUUCCUCCGCACAUUGACAUAUUUCAUCUGAAGAAUGAGAUGGAAGCCUCAGAUAAGACAGCUCUAGAGUGUGUCAUGGAGGUUGAUGAGGAGAGGACGAGACUAGAAGCCGAGGCUGCGGAACUCACCAAACUAGGAGAUGAGGGUAGCGACAGCUACAAGAGGAUACUGGUGAUAAUAUCACAUUCACAGGACUUUCUCAAUGGGGUGUGCACUAACAUUAUCCAUAUGCAUAAAGGAAAACUUGUGUAUUAUGGGGGUAACUAUGACUCUUAUAUUAAAACAAGAGCAGAACUGGAGGAGAACCAAAUGAAACAGUAUGGCAGGGAACAAGAUCAAAUAAAACACAUGAAGGACUACAUCGCCAGGUUUGGGCAUGGUAGUGCCAAGCUUGCUAGACAGGCUCAAAGCAAAGAAAAGGUCCUCAGCAAAAUGGUGGCUGGUGGCCUCACUGAAAAAGUUGUAAAAGACAAGGUCUUGACAUUUUAUUUUCCUGACUGUGGAAAGCUUGCCCCACCAGUUGUUCAAGUACAAACGAUGAGCUUCAGUUAUGGAGAAGAUAAGCGUGCCAUUUACAAGAAGUUGGAUUUUGGAAUUGACUUGGAGUCCAGAAUAGCUCUGGUGGGUCCCAAUGGAGCAGGGAAGUCCACACUGCUGAAACUACUUGAUGGAACACUAACACCUACUGAUGGACUUAUACGAAGGCAUAAUCACCUCAAGAUUUGCCGCUAUCAUCAGCAUCUUCAAGAUAUGUUAGAAUUAGACAUGUCAGCUCUGGCAUUCAUGAUGAAGUGCUUUCCUGAAAUCAAAGAGGUGGAGGACAUGCGCAAGUCAAUAGGAAGAUAUGGACUGACAGGAAAACAACAGAUUUGUCCCAUGCGCAAUUUAUCUGAUGGGCAGCGAUGCCGAGUGGUCUUUGCUUGGCUGGCCUUCCAAGCCCCACAUCUCCUGUUACUUGACGAACCCACUAAUCACUUGGAUAUGGAGACCAUUGACGCUUUGGCAGACGCUAUUAACGACUUUGAAGGGGGAAUGGUCCUUGUUAGUCACGACUUCCGACUUAUAAACCAGGUUGCAAAAGAAAUUUGGAUUUGUGAAAAACAGACAAUAGCACCGUGGAAAGGCGAUAUUCUGUCAUAUAAGGAAGAACUAAAGAGAAAAGUUGCUAAAAAGUAACUUAAAAAAUAAAAGGGAGUCUUGGACUGCCGUAAUAUAUUUUAGUACUGUAGAGGGAAUGGGUCAAAGCAAAUUACAGAAGAAAUUAGCGACCAAUGGCAACAAAUGUGGAAGGUUUCAGGAGGCUGCCACUUAUAUAGGUAAUUAUUCAUUACUAUAGCUUCCGUUUAACAAUGUAUUUUGACCAUUACUUGAAAUCAUCAUAUCAAUACUCGUGUCUUUUAUUCAGCCAAAAGGACUUAUUUAAUUUAAACCUUCUUGAACGAAGAACUGCCAUAGUCAGUCUUGAAGGACAGCUAUACAAAAUAUUUUAAAUUUGGUGAUCCAAAAAACAUAAAAAAAACGUUUUUUCUUUUACUAAAAAUGGACCGCGACUCGGGUGAUGAAGACUAUGUGUUUUCAUUUUUAUCAUUUUAGUAUUAUUAGCUAUAUCGUGGCUAUUACAGUGCAUCUAAUCCAAACGAGGCUAACCUAUUAAAAUUUUCUACACGUGAUAGUCAGUCAACAUAUGUUUUGUGAACAAUAUUAACAUUCAAAUUACAUCUGACUUGGCGUGUGCUAUCUUAAGUAAUCAAUUAGCGACAAAGAUGGAAGAAUUCUGCUGCAGUUUAGUCAUUCAAAGCUGGUUAAACAUUUGUCGAAAAUAUGCUUAGGUGGCCUUGGUUGGUGUAAAUGUGCUGUAAAUUUCAGUGUGCUCAAUCCUUAUAAAUAAGUGCAAUUAAAAAAUAU